AUGGCGCCUCCAACAAUCGCUUCUUGCUUAUACUCUUUGCUGUUCCGGGAGACCUUCGCCCUCACCAUCAUAGUGGGCGCCCUUUUCUUCGAGCGCGCCUUCGAUCAGGGCGCAGACGAGAUCUACGAGCACAUCAAUGAAGGGAAGCUGUGGAAACACAUAAAACACAAGUAUGAGAACAAGGAGUGAUCCCUGGCCGCAAGGGGCCUCAAGGGACAGUCCCAUCCGCCAGCUGUCA